ACUCCAAAAUUUGAACUCAAAUCAUAUAUAUAUACACACACACAGUAGAGGCUCUCCAGGUUCCUCGUUCACCAAGUUAAGAAGCUCCAAAAUAUAAUCAUAAUUAUCAUCUUUAAUUUAUUCGAAAAGUGAGAGGCAUGGCAGCUAAAAUCCAUCCUUCAACCAGGUCCAUGAUCACUUUCUGUUUUCUUUUGGUGUCGACGGCAUCGGCCAUGACGGAGGAGCAGCCAUUCGCAACAAACCUGGAUCCCAAACUGUUGGGGCUGAAAAAAGAGAAACUGACCCAUUUUCGUGUGUACUGGCACGACAUUAUUGGGGGGAGCAAGCCCGGUGACAAGCCCACGAGUUUCGAAGUGCUGCCCCCGCUCAGGCUCAACGACGCCGCAAUGUUCGGGCUGGUCAACAUAUUCGAUAACCCAUUGACCGUCGGCCCAGACCCGGCGUCGCAGCUGGUGGGGAAGUCGCAAGGGCUCUACGCGUCCGCCUCGCAACACCAAUUCGGGCUUCUCAUGGCCAUGAACUUCGCCUUCACUCACGGCAAAUACAACGGCAGCACCAUCACGAUUUUGGGACGGAAUCCCAUCUUCGACACCGUUCGGGAGAUGCCGGUGAUCGGAGGGAGCGGCCGUUUCCGGUUUGCUAGAGGCUAUGCUCAGGCCACGACCCACUUUUUCAACGCCACCUCAUUGGAUGCCAUAGUCGAGUAUAAUAUUUACGUGUUGCAUUAUUGAUUUGGGAAACCCUUUACAGCUUGCUCUUCAUUUAAUUUGUUUUUGUGACGAAUUCAAUAAUAAUGUUUUCUGAAGAUAUAGUUCGCCUAUAUCUUGGGACUA